CACCACCACCUCCACCACAACAACAACAACAAUAAUAAUAAUAAUAAUAAUCAAAUAGUAACAAUUAUAUAUUGAGACAGCGCUAAAAGUAACACAACACAGUUAACUAAUGAUUAGCCGAACUUGAAUCUUAUUUACAAACAAAACCGUUUCCAUUCAAGCAUGGACGUUAUGCAUAGCCUGCUUCAACAGGACCUCUGUGUGCUAUAUAUAUAAAUUGAUGAAAUCUAACAGGCACGAAUGCACGAGUGUACGCAUGUAUGCACAUAAGCACACAUACCUAUAUUCCAUCACGGACUUAUUCUUAAGUUUUUCCUAUACUGUAUCUUAGAGUGUCCACGGAAACAUAAGCCAAAUAUAUAUGCAAUCACACAUAUACAUAUACGCAAAGACAUACACGUGUUCAAACCUACACAUACAAAUACGCACAUAUGCACGCACACACAGACAUACGUAUGCAAUACACGGCUUUUAACAAACAGACGGAGAAACAGAUAAUUUUACUGCACUAAAUACUAAAAGUUUACACAUACAAACACACACACGCGCUCACACAUUUGCACAUGCACACACACACACGUUUGUACAAACACACCCGUACACUUACGCACACAUAGCUAUGCAACCGUCCACGCAAACAUAGGUCACACACAACACAUACACCUACGUACACGUCCACACACAGAGAAAAAUGUCUACAUUAAAAACAAGCAUUUAUCUUCUCCCCUCUUUCGCUCCGGCUUAAUUUUCUCUUGUCCGUCUGAUUGAAAAGUAAUGUGGAAGUAACGAAAAGAAACAAAUAGUAAUCAUAACUAUAAUAAUAACAAUAACAAUAAUAAUAAUAAUAAACGAAGACAGCAAAAUGAACAGCUGGCAAUGACUGCAUCUGUAUCAAUGUUUUUAAUCACCGAUUGACUGGUUAUGAGUUAAAGUCGUCUGAGCAACCGGAAGUAGUAAUCUCAGCGGUCCACUAAUCCAUCAGCCAGCCUGGAAAAACUCCACGUGGUCCAUCGUUAUAUCAGGCACGUAUUUUCGCUGCAGUUCGGCGGAGCAGUUACCGACCUCGUAUUUUUACCAGUGUGGUGUGGAAUCAAGGCUGCACCAAGAUGGAAGACAUGACAUCCCCGCUUGUCAAAUGUGAAGAGGAAUAUCCGCGCUACACCGACGAUCAUCCAAUGGAUAUUCGAGCCAUUAACACUACAACAUUAGACGAUGAGUUGGAUUCGCCAUCUGACAUCAUACCAACUAACAGCGAUAACUCAUUGGCUCAUUGCGCUGGCGGACGUAGCGCCAUGGGUGCAGGCGGGAAGAGUUUUGCCAACCUCGGGUAUCGACUUCGUGAACGAAAACUAUUAAUAGAAAAGAAACGUUGGAUUGUUGACUUGGAGGUUGGUCUAGCUCUGAUAGGUAUUCUGAUCAUGGUGGUCGACACUGAGCUGUACUUCCAGAGCUAUUACACUAUUGACUCUUUACCCUCUCAGUGGCUAAAACUGAUGGUAUCCAUUAGUACUGUAGUCCUUCUUUUCGUUGUCUGCAUGUACUACAUGGUGGACAUGCAGCUGCGUAUGGUCGAACUAGGUCUUCGUUCCUGGAGACUUGCCGUUAGCAAGGGGUUCGUGUUAAAACUCCUUAUUGAAAUAUUAAUAUGUUGUGUACAUCCGCUACCUAUUCAUAUCGGUACGUUGGAGUUGAAGGCUCCUGAGAAAGCUACUAGAGCAUCUCAUAUUGUUGAAGAUCCACUGGCAGCCGUCCUGUCCAUCCUGAUGUUCAUGAGACUAUAUUUAAUUGCUCGCUUCAUGGUAGUUCAUAGUAACGUGCUAAUUGACAGUGCAGUGCAGAGUCUAGGAACUCUCAGCAGGGUCAAUAUCAAUGCACAGUUUGUAUUCCGAGCCCUCAUGUCCACCUGUCCCGGUGGCGUAUUGGGAAUUAUAAUGGUCAGUGUAUUUUUGAUUGGUUCUUGGACAAUGCGUGCUUGUGAAACCCAUUCAGCACCUGGCAGCGAUACACAUACAAUAUCGCAGGCGAUGUGGCUGACAGCUGUCACUUUCCUCACAUUGGGUUACGGUGACUUAACACCAAGCAGUCGUUGUGGCCGGUUCAUUGCAAUAUGGACCGGGCUCAUGGGGGUUGGUAUCACAGCUCUUUGCGUUGCCGUCCUGGCACGAAAAUUAGAACAGACUCGGCCGGAAAAAUAUGUACACACAUUUCUACGGCGCAUGCGCCUCGAUCAACGACACAAAAAUGCAGCCUCAGACGUAUUGAAGCAAGCACUCAUGAUAUGGCGGUUGAAAAGAGCGGGCUUGCCAGAAUCCAACGCACAGAUUAUGCACCAUAGGCGGAAACUAAUUGAUGCCACAGCGAUCAUGCGAAGCGCCAAAGAAGUUAGCAGUAUGGUAAGAGAAAAUACAGUCGGCAUUAUCGAGGUGGCCAACAGUGUCAAUGAAAUCUAUAACUUAGUGAAAACUAUCAAAGACGAACAGAGAAUUAUACAGACACGACUAUCUUCUCUCGAAGUACACAUAAUGGGUGUGAACAAACAAUUACAAAUUAACAAAUCUUGAAUAUUAAGAAAAAAUAAUAAUAUUAAUAAAAAGAGGAAAUAUACACUGUCAUUAAGAAAAUGCUGAUAUUGAGAUUAUUCUGUUUCAAAAUAUAAUAUCAAAUUGAAGCCAUUGCUAACAUAUUUUUUUUCUUUUAUAUUACGUUACUCUUUAAAAUGUUAACAUGAUUUGUUAUUAUUUUUAUGAACCAAUAUUCCACUGUUAAACGGCGUUAGCUACAACACACUCAUUUUAUAUUUCUGGUUUAUUAAUACUAUUUAAACAACAAUGUUUGCACGCAAUCUGACGUUUCGGAUAAUCAUUAAUAAUUAAAAUGAUAAUGAUUGUAAUAAGCAUGAUGAUGAUCAUCAUCAUGAUAUAAUUGCUGCUACCACAAUAACGAUGCUAUAAUAAUAAUAACAAUAAUAAUAAUGAUGAUGAUGAUGAUGAUGAUGAUGAUGAUGAUGAUGAUGAUGAUAAUAAUAAUAAAUAAUAAUCUAUGUCAGCAUUUGAUGAUGACUGGAAAAUAUGAGUCACACAAAACAACAAAUAACUAAAUACAAUGAAACUUAAGACACAACCAAAACGAAUGUGAUGCAUAUUCUAACUUAGUCUAUAAUUUCUAUUUAACUGACCAAUUUAAAACAUGUUAUCUCUUCAGGAAGAGAAAUCUUGUUGAACACUAAUUCCUAUUUGCCAAUAUAUAAACACGGAUUUCUAUUUUAUUUCCCUUAACUAAUAAUCUCAAGACAAACAUUUAUCUAACCUUCCAUUUCCUCUUUCAACCUCUAUAUCUCUCUUCUGUUUCUUUUUCUCACUAUUAGUCUCUUCCUUUCUUUUCUUUCUCACUUUUUAUCCUCUUUUCCUUCUCUACAUUUCUCUCUCACCCCAUCUCUCUCUCUCUUCGUUUAUCUGUUAAUCUAUCAGUUUAUUUCUUUCUACUUAUCUUUCUAUUUAUCUGUCUGUCUAUCUGUCUGUCAAUCUAUCUAUCCUUUCACUUCAUCUUUGUUUUUUUCUCCAUCUUUCUAUUUUUAAUUUUCUUUCUCUCUAUCUCUCAUAUCUAUCGAUCAAGCUCUC